CUGAAAAGGAAAACCCGCUUUCUAUUUCUUGCGACGCUGAUUCGCUGCUUUUCGGCCAAUCGCAGCAGAGGUGGCAUGGCGGACCUUCGCCGGCGCAAGAAGCCGCGGCCGACGGUCGACGCUUCACUUUGCCGGGCCGUGCUGCUCAACCCCGAGCUGCGUCUGCUCGUGCAUGCCUACCAAGAUGGCAUCUAUGAGGACCUCGCGCCGCUUGCUGCCGAGGCCAUGGGCAUACGACGACGCGGCUGCACGUGGCAAGCCGACACGACGCUGCAGCUGAUCUUGCCCGAACGGUACUUUGCCGCGUACCGGACGCGCACGCUGAGCUCCGACGACUUGUGCUUGGAGCCUGCGCGCCUUAACGCGCUCGCGCUGCACUUGGCGCUCUUUGAAGGCAACCUGCGCGUCGUGCAGCGAUGGCUCCGCUGCCACCCGACGCAUCUCACGCCGCGGGCCGUCGACUGCGCGACGCGGUAUGCGCAUAUGGAGCUCGUCGAGUGGCUGCUUGCGUGGACUAAAGGCACGUCGGCGGCAGUCGACUACGCGGCCACGAUCGGCCACAUGGGGCUGCUCACGCGCCUCCUCGCCGCGGCGCCGGGCUCGUUUCGAGCCAUGGACGCUGCCGCGACACACGGCCACCUCGAGGUGCUCUGGCAUCUGCAUACGCACACGUCGCUCAGCCCAAGCGUGUGCGCGAUCGACGGCGCCGCGGCGAACGGCCACUUGGAUACCAUCCGCUUCCUCGACGAGCAUCGGACGGUCGGUUGUUCGGUGGCCGCCAUGGACGCAGCUGCCGGGAACGGCCACCUCGACGUAGUGCGCUAUCUGCACACGUACCGUGACGAAGGCUGCUCGGUCCGCGCAAUGGACUCGGCGGCCGCGCACGGACACUUGGAGAUCGUGCAAUGGCUGCAUCUACAUCGAAGCGAGGGCUGCUCGACGCAUGCGAUGGACGGCGCGGCGGCCAACGGUCAUUUGGAGAUCGUCCGCUUCCUCCACGUGCACCGACGCGAGGGCUGCUCGACGGCUGCCAUGGACGACGCCGCAAAGAACGGCUUCCUGAACGUCGUCCAGUGGCUCCACGAACACCGUAUUGAAGGUGGUACCGAGGCCGGUGUCGCCGAGACGCGGGACGCGGGCUUCGACGACAUUGCAGAUUUCAUGCAGUUGCAUUGCCGCACAGAUCUUCGCGUCGAGUGCACGUCGGUGGCCGACGACGAUGAGUCGAAUGCGUCCGGCGACGACGACGUUCUGACAAUGCUCUACGAAGAGGACGAGGACCCCGACAACGCGCGCUGGCCCGUUUUCUAGAGAUCCAGUCAAAAACUCAACGUAAAAACUCAAACGCACUCUCUAUGGUCUUGGGA